AUGAGCCUGGCCCACACCACUGUGCUCCUGUGGGCAUGGGGGAGUCUCCAUGCCUUUGAAAUUGUAGAGAAGGAGAACAUUUUUCAAAAGACCCCCUGCCCCGCUUACCUGAUGUUUGACAAUGCAGCCUACCUGGCUGACAUGAGCUUUGAGCUCCCCUGCCACUGCAAGCCUGAGGAGGUGCCAGCUGUAGUCUGGUUCUACCAAAAGCAUCUAGGCAGCAGCCACACCAAGGUGCUGACCGACUUCGAUGGGCGAGUGCUGACAGAGGCAGCUCAGGUGCGCGUGGGCAGCGACAUGCUGGUCCGCUUCAGUAUCCGCAUGUUUAGCCUGCUAGUUUUCCGGGCCCAGCCCGAGGACUCAGGUCUAUACUUCUGCGGCACCCGCAAAGGGGAGUACUUUUACGCCUAUGAUGUAGACAUCCAGAGCAGUGAGGGAAUGCUGGCCACCUUCCAGGACCAGGGCCAGAAGCCCGUUGCAGACGAGUUCUCUGGGAAGCUCCACAUCUUCACCACCUUUUGGGAGUGGACUCCCUGUGACCGCUGUGGGGUGCGUGGGGAGCAGUGGCGCUUUGGCCUCUGCUACCUGCAGAGCCCAGACCUAUCCCCACGCUACCGCAAGACAGUGCCUGACGUGGUGUCCUGUGGCUCUCAGGCUGUGUCGAGCAAGCUGCGAACCGAGGUCAGACACCACACUCCCGAGCUGCUGGUGCGGAGCUGUGUAGUACCCUGUCGGAAGAAGGAGAAGAUCCAGAAGGGUGUGCUGGCCAUCUUCAGCUAUGUGUCAAGAGUGGGUAGCCAGCCUUGGGUGCCCCAGGUGCCCAUUCAGUUCCACCAGCAGAGACUGGGCCACGGACUCAUUAUCUCCUGUCCUGGGGCCCGGCCAGAGCAUGCUGUGGCCUGGGACAAGGACCACCAGCACCUCUACCGUACACAGUACUUGAAGGGAGUCAACAGGUCCAUGAGGGUGUUUAUCGACCAUGGCAACCAGCUCCACAUCCGCUUCACCCAGCUGGAUGACCGGGGCAUCUACUAUUGCUGGCGGCAGGGAGUGCAGGUCGCUGGUUUCCGUCUGGCUGUGACAUCUCGAGGGCUCUACCCAGUCUCAUUCUCAGACCCUGAGACUCGCUCUGCUGUGGAGCUCACCUUGAUAGGAUACCUGUUCAUCAUAGCAGUCUUUGUCACCAUUCACCUCUGUCAUUGCUGCUGUUACUUAUUUCGCUUGUGUCCCUACUUCUCCUACUAG